CUUUUUCCGCCAUUGCAUCGUAUUGCCUCCAUUUUACUCUCGUGUGUAUGUGUGCGUGCGCAGUGUCGGUUUAAACUGGAAAGAAAACAGGACCGAAAGCGGACGCACUGAAAGAUUUCUACAGAAAUGGACGGCAUCAGUGAUGUUGCAGUUGGGGUGAAGAGGGGAUCAGACGAGCUGAGCAUGUACAGCACUCCCAACUCUGGUGUGAGCAGUAUCAGUGACGGAGCGUCCAACGGCAGCGACAGUAAAAAGUUGAGGGUGGAGGAGGCCCCGCCGUCUCGCGUGCUCCACAUCCGGAAACUGCCCAACGAGGCCUCGGAGACGGAAGUCAUCGCCCUGGGUCUGCCUUUUGGCAAAGUCACCAAUAUCCUCACGCUGAAGGGAAAGAACCAGGCGUUCUUGGAGAUGGGCACGGAGGAGGCAGCCAUCACCAUGGUCAACUACUACACCACUGUCAAUCCUCACAUCCGCAAUGUCCCCGUGUUUAUUCAGUACUCCAAUCACAAAGAACUCAAAACCGAUGCCGGCAAUCAGCGGACCCAGGCAGUGCUUCAGGCGGUGUCAGCAGUCCAGUCCGGCGGGUCGCCAAGCUCCGACGUGCAGGAGGCUCUCGCCGCAGCCUCCAGCCCCGUGCUGCGGAUCAUCAUCGAUAACAUGUUUUACCCCGUCACGCUCGACGUCCUGCAGCAGAUUUUCUCCAAGUUCGGCACGGUCAUGAAGAUAAUCACAUUCACCAAGAACAAUCAGUUCCAGGCCCUUCUGCAGUUCAGUGACCCGGUCAAUGCACAGCAGGCCAAACUGGCCCUGGAUGGCCAGAACAUCUACAAUUCAUGCUGCACGCUGCGCAUCGACUUCUCCAAGCUGGUCAACCUAAAUGUCAAGUACAACAACGACAAGAGUCGGGACUACACGCGGCCCGAGCUGCCUGCCGGCGACGGCCAGCCCAGCCUCGACUCCACGGUGGCCGCCGCCUUCAGCAAAGACUCCAACUCCCUCCUCGGUAAGAUCCCAGGAGCCCUGAACCCUUUGAGCGCGGCGGCGGCGGCUGCUGCUGCUGCAGGCAGGGUGGCGCUUGCUGGACAGGCGGGGUCCAGCGGGGUCCUGCUGGUCAGCAACCUCAACGAGGAGAUGGUUGCGCCCCAAAGUCUGUUUACCCUCUUCGGAGUGUACGGCGAUGUCCAGAGGGUGAAAAUCCUUUACAACAAGAAGGACAGCGCUCUCAUUCAGAUGUCAGACGCCAACCAGGCCCAGCUAGCGAUGAGCCACGUGAACGGCCAAAAGAUGUACGGGAAGAUCAUCCGCGUGACGCUGUCCAAGCACCAGACGGUGGCGCUGCCUCGGGACGGCCUGGACGACCAGGGCCUGACCAAGGACUUCGCCAACUCCCCGCUUCACCGCUUCAAGAAACCGGGCUCCAAGAAUUUCCAGAACAUCUUCCCGCCAUCCGCCACCCUCCACCUCUCCAACGUCCCACAAGACGUGACGGAGGAGGACCUGCGGCUGCUCUUCUCAAACGCUGGAGGAACCGUGAAAGCAUUCAAGUUUUUCCAGGAUCGUAAAAUGGCUCUGCUCCAGAUGUCCACAGUGGAGGAGGCCAUCCAGGCCCUGAUUGACCUUCACAACUACAACAUGGGAGGCAACCAGCACCUGAGAGUCUCCUUCUCAAAGUCCACCAUUUAAAGGAGAAGAAGGAAGAAAGCGUGACCCCCAGUCUGGGGGCUGGUGGUCAGAAACCUUACAGACUGUGUCUGUACACUGGGGGGGGGGGGGGGGUCAGUGAAUCAGUUCUGUUGUUGGGGUUUUGUUGAUCCUGUCAUUCCUUUAAGAGAGAGACUGACAUUUUUGACAUCCUGUUUUUGUUUUUAAAAGAAAACAAAUGAGUAUUUUGCAGAUACUGGAUCUUCCCAGCUGUUCUUAACUGUACCUCUGUAUUUCUAUGUCAGGCAAAACUAUUGACAUGAUGGAUUGUCCCCACCCCCCGUAUGAUAGUUUGAUGUAGAUCAGUGUUUAACUCCUUGUUUAGUUAAAAAGAUACAGUACUUAUGUGCCUUACUUGACAAUAUCAACUGUUUCUACAGCGGGACAUGUUCGUUAAUAACCCUCUUAUGCUUUCGAGGCACAUCGGUAUUGGUAUAUAUUUUUGAGGGUUAGUGAGAAUGAAAGCUGUUUUGUCAUCCUCUACACUUUGUUACACUUUUUUAUUUAGCUUUUGGGGGGAGGGGUGGUUUUAGAUUCAUAACAUUUAUCCUUUUUUAGUUGAGAAUAUUCAUGAGAUGGGAAAAUGUAAGAGUUUUACAGCGAUCCCUCGACAGGCAGCUUCACGUUGAGUUCCAUUAUUCCACAAGUACGUUCAGUGUAAGAUCCUCCCCCGCUUUUAAAUUCAAGUAUUUCUAUAUCCGUGUGGUUUAGUUUAUUUGGAAGCCUGACAUCCCCACAGCUAUUCCAUGAGGUGUUUAUUGUCCGUGACAUGGUUUCUAAAGCAUGUUUGGUUAUGAUGGGAUCUCACUGCAGAAAGCGUUGCAUGCUGUGGAAGCAGUGAGAAGAUGAGUCCACUGUGAUUUCUUUGUCAUGUGACCGUUUACAUCGAGAGGGCUACUCAUUUGGACCAAAGUUUCUGUGCCUUUAGUGUUGCUUUAAUUCAUUAGAACAAACAACGAAACAUAUUUGAACACACUGAUGAUGACCCAAACCUUUAAGUGGUGAGUUAAUUCCCAAUUUGUUUGAAACAACCCAACCUUGGCUUGAGGUUAAUGCUCAGAAAUAAAAGUUACAUCUAUUGUAUGUAUUUCUUCCAAGUCUGAUUUUAUACAGCUCCAAAUGUAAGGAUUUGGUUUAGUCCUGAAGAGGCACAAUUAAAGGAUGGAUUGUUUUCUAACACGGGAGGUGCGCCUUGCUGUCCUGCUUUUGUCUUCUUUUGAGUUUUCUCCCUCAUGGUCUCUCUGGUGUAUUCUGCAUUACGUCUGUAGCAUGCUUAAUAAACUAUUCUGUAGCUCUGCAUUCUCCUCUGUCUCUCACGUCUCUGCUCUCCUCUGAAAACAUCUUCAGUCCCACGGUGGGAAAGCAGCCAAAGUGAACGUUGUAGCCACUCAGACAAGAAGCGGCUCUCUAAUAAGCCCGAUGUAGCCCUGUGAUCGCACUAAUUCACAGGACAAGUACAUCUGUGUUGACGCGUUUCCCACCCUGCCAACUGAAGCUACCCCUUUGAUGUCUUGCUCUGCUCUCUUCUGCUAGUUGCCUAUUUUCUAAUCAGUCUCUAAGGGCCUCCGCUCUCCCGACAAUCUGUCUGAUCCAUCUACGUGCUCUCGCACUUUUUAAUCAAUUACAUAAAUGGCCACAUUUGUCAUUUUUCCAAGCUCUGCAUUUCCUCCCCGCCGUCGCCUUCUGAGCAUUUCUCAGUAAACGUCACUUUGUACACACUUGAAUAAUGUUUUGGCAAUUAAAUCCACGUGGUGUUGCUGCAGAAGGUCUGAAGGAAUAAACGUGAGCGAUCUCAA